AUUUGACAUGAAAUUCAAAUAUAAGACCUUAUCAAGAAGUCGGUGCUCACAAAGUGUGAGAGGCUCUUUCGACGCGCGCGCAUCAGACCAGAGCUCUUUUCUCCUCUCUUGUUUGAUUUUAGCAUCGCUCUGUAAUUUGAAAUUAGCGAUUCAUUUUUAACUUAGAUCUCAUCCCUCACUGGCUUUAAUUACUGCUUGCACUCAACAAGGGGCUCUGCCUACUCCCAUCUUCUCGCUCGCUGAUACAUUGCAAAGGUGCUCGACCUUCUUCUAUCUGGCUGCCUCCUUGAUACCUUGCUGGUAAUUAGUUUCUCCUCUUUCGAGUUGUAGUAAUGAAUUUCUUAUGGAGUUGUGCAGAAGGAUUAGGCAACUACAUGAGCCUUGGCAAGAGAAUGCAUACUCUCAAACGAAAGAUUGAAUUGUUGGAAGCUUGUGAGGCUGACAGAAAAACAGAACUUCGAAAUUUGGAGUUUCAAAUGGGAAGGAAGCGAAGGAAAGAAGUUGAAAAUUGGUUGAGAAAUGUACAUACCAAAAAAGAUGAAUUUCAAAGAACAGAACAAGAAGUCCAAGGGAAUGCAUUUCUUUCACGCAUACAUCUUGGCAUUGGGAAUCAAAUUGAGAAAAUCAGUCGGGAGGUGGAAGAACUUAUUGAGCAAAGUAAGUUUCCUGAAGGUCUCACACUUGACGGGGAUGAACCGAAAGAACUGCUGACAAUGAAAUUAGUGGGUCGAAAAGCAGAAGAGAGCAUGAAAAAACUCUGGGUAUGCAUAAUGGAUGAUAGGGUAUUCAGCCUUGGCAUCUAUGGAAUGGGGGGUGUUGGGAAAACCACACUGGCAAUGCAUAUCCACAAUCAACUCUUAAAAAACCCUGGAACAUAUAAUCAUGUUUACUGGGUCACUGUAUCCCAACAAUUCAGCAUUUACAAAUUGCAAGGUGACAUUGCAAAAGUAGUUGGCAUUACAAAUCUUCUUGUAGAAGAGAACGAUGAGAGGAAAAGAGCAGCCAUGUUGUUCAGAGCAUUGGCGAAUAGGAAGCGAGCUGUGCUCAUUUUAGAUGAUAUGUGGGAGCAUUUUACUCUGGAAAAGGUUGGGAUACCUAUUGGGCCGGAUGAAUGUAAGUUGAUUCUAACCACACGAUCAUUAUCAGUAUGUCUCAGGAUGGGUUGCCAAAGAAAAAUCAAAGUGGAGCCUUUAAGUGAGGAUGAAGCUUGGGACUUAUUUAUGGAAAAGCUCAAGCCUUAUGAUGAGAUUUCUCCUGAUGUGGAAGUGGCUGCAAGGCAUAUAGCUGGGGAGUGUGGGGGUUUGCCACUUGGGAUAAUUACAAUGGCCAGAAGCAUGCGAGGAGUGGAUGAUAUUCGUGAAUGGAGUACUGUUUUGAAAGAACUUAGAGAGUCGAAGGCAGGGCGAACUGACAUGGACGAGGAGGUCUUCUCUAUACUGAGAAUCAGCUAUGGUCGCCUGAAGAAUCUGAUAAUGCAGCAGUGUUUCUUAUAUUGCGCAUUGUAUCCCGAAGAUCAUGUAAUCAGAAGGGAGGAAAUAAUUAGGCAUUUUAUUGCCGAGGGACUAAUAAAGAAUGGAAAGGACAGCAGGAAGGCAAAGUUUGACAAGGGUCACAACAUAUUAAAUGAACUGGAAAAUGUCUCAUUACUAGAAAAUCCGACAACAAAUAGGGAUAAACUUUGGGUGAAAAUGCAUGAUUUGGUAAGAGAUAUGGCGCUAUGGAUAAGUGGAGAGAAUAGUGGUACUGAUGGAGCUGCAGGCCCUCGAUUCAUGGUAAAAGCUGGGCUUGGAUUGAGAGAAAUACCGGAGGAGCAGGAGUGGACAGAAGAUCUUGAGAGAGUUUCCUUAAUGAGGAAUAGUAUAACAGAGAUUAAGGAAGGGAGAUCGCCAAGAUGUCCUAGACUUCUAACCUUGAUGCUGGGGGAAAAUCGUGGUUUGAAGAAAAUUCCAGACUCUUUCUUCGCGCAGAUGCGUGCCCUUAAAGUUCUGGAUUUAUCUUGUAAUGUGUACAUGGAGAAACUACCAAAUUCCAUUUCGGACUUGGAGAAUCUGACUGCAUUAUUGCUGGAAGGCUGUAGGAGAUUAAAACAUGUUCCUUCAUUAGCAAAGCUUCAGCCAUUGAAGGAGUUGGACCUUGGAGGAACUGCGAUAGAGAAAGCACCUGAAGGUAUGGGGAAGUUGGUCAACCUUAGAAGGUUGUCAAUGGCUGUUGACAAUGAGAAUGUAGUUGUAGAAGGAGAGACACUACAUCAAAUGAGGCAUCUUGAAGAAUUUUUUGGCCGAUUCUACGAUUCGAGCUGUUUUACUGGAUUUCCUGAAGAGAUGGAUGUCUACUAUAUUGAAGUUGGAUGCGUAAAUUCUGGUAAUUGGCGGCGACCUCCUCCAUUUAGAAUUAGAAUUUUUUCUAAAGAGGUAAAAUUAGAUGGGUGUAGUGUGAAUAUGAGUGGGGAUGGGGCAGAAGUCCUUGUUCAUUCAAUACUCCCCAAUGUCGAGUGCCUAACGCUUAGCAAGUGGAGCAAUUUAUGUGCACUUUGGAGCAGUGUAUGUGAACUUUGUCCACCAUUGCUGCGAGUUGCUGGAAGCAUUGCGCUUCGACAUGGUACAUUUUCCAGCCUCAAAGAGUUGUAUAUCAUUGACUGCCCGACAAUAAAGAACUUAUUCCCACAUUGGUUGGUUCAGCAGUAUCUCUACAGUCCACUAACAGUUAGAGUCCGGGGCUGCAGGCAACUGGAGGAGAUAAUAGCGGGUGAUGAAGGAGGAGGAGGAACCAGUACUAUCCCAACUUUACACACACUGUUUCUGCAAGACCUACCAGAAUUGAAGAGCAUCUGCAGGAGAGCAAUGUCUUGCCAUUUUCUUGAAGUAGUCAGAUGUCCAAAGCUAAAGAGGCUUCCUCAUCUACCAUGUAUUAAGAACUUGCAACUUUAUUCAUUAGUGAAUUUAUCUGUCCUUUAUGGGGAAGAAAAAGGAGGAGAAGUCGAUGGCUUCACAACCACACAUGUUUACUUUUCUGCUCUCAAGGUCUUAAGAAUCGAAAAUUGUUUGCAAAUGAAAAACCUGUUCAGCGCCGGGUUAGUUCACCAUCUCCAAAACCUGGAAGAUCUUGUGAUCGGCCAUUCUAUUCUAAUGGAGGAGAUAAUAGUAGAAGCACAGGACGACGACAGAGGGACAACUGCUCAAACUGCCGACUCUAGUUCAACUUCAAACAAUAUCCAUAAUGAUUCUAAAACAAUCAGCCUCCAAAAAUUAAAGACUUUAGAGUUGAUGCACCUACCAGAAUUGCAAAUCAUCUAUGGGGGAAAGAUGAUAUGUGAUUCUCUUCAAAUUGUUAAAAUAAUGCAGUGUCCGAAGCUGAAGAUGCUUCCUCUCCAUCUUCCUCUGCAGCUGGAUGGGCAACCAUCUCCUCCCUCAACUCUCAAAGAAAUCAGUGUUGGAGAAAAAGAAUGGUGGGAAUCAUUGGAGUGGGAUCAUCCCAAUGCUAAAACUGUCCUUCAGCCCUUCCUUGCAAUAGUCACUUGUUAAAAGAGUGAGAACUAAAUUAAACCUGGGGAAACAUUUUUAUCAUGUUGUAUUUGUAGACAUGCCUUUCCCUUCUCUUUUCUGUAUACCUCUUUGAACUUAAUUAUGUAUUCCACUGCAUUCCUGUAAUCAGCUGCCAAACAAUAUUGCAUCAAUAGAUUAUAUAUCAUUUUCAUAA